UUCCACUAAAGCUACGUUGUACAUGUAUAUUAUUGUACCUUAUUAAAAAUUUAAAUGUCAAACCAUGUCAGAUCCUGAUUGCUAAAUUUACAUUUAUUGUCUCUCGUAAAGCAUUCCUUUUCACCUGAUCUAAUCAUAUAUAAGUAGAUUGAUUAUUGGAGAUUCCGCAGUAUCAAUUUCAUUGUUAUAAAUGAUUUUUCAUCGUAGCAUCCAUCGAGGAAUUUUGUUAUAUUUUUAUGUCAUGGAUGUGUAGCCAGAAAUGGAUGUUAAACAUUGAAAAAUGAGUGAAAAUCGAGGAUUAAAUGGUGGACCGCAUCAAUAUGAUGAUUAUGGAACAGUGGAUAAACAGCCAAUUAUUGACCGUGAUGAACUUAGCUCAGGAGGAGGGAUUGAGAUGUCUGCCAAAGCUAAGACACCAGUGCCACUAGAAGACACAUGUUUCUUUAGGGAUGGCGAGAGAAGAAUAGAUUUUAUCCUGGUUUAUGAGGAGUUAUUAGAAACUAAAAGCAGUAAUAGUGAGGUGGUAAAAGUUGGAAAAUGGAGACAAAAAUUCAUGAAAAAUUUACGCAAAGUUGGUUUAGAAAUAGAAGAGGAAAAUGUGCAAAGUCAGAAAAAGAUCACAACAUUCAUCAAACUUCAUGCUCCGUGGGAUGUAUGCUGUUUCUACGCAGAGGACCUUUGCAUGAGAGCCCCAUUACAGAUAUUUGAUAGGAAAAGUGACGCACAUCCAAACCCUUCAAAUAACUGGUCUGGGAAAAUCCUUAAGAUGCUGAGAAUACCCAAUGUGAUGGCUGAAGAAGUUCCUAACAAACCAUUAGAUUAUUAUACAUGUGCUUUUAAAAAAUCUAAAUUAAAUAGGUUUUUAGGAAGUGAUAAUCAGGAGACAUAUUUCUCAAUAACACAACGAGGUAGGAUAGUAUGGGAGAUCUUAGCAACGACAGCGUAUGGUAAACGUAAACAUGCUGAGAUUGGAGUCGAGAGAUUACUAGAGGAGGAGAUAUAUAAAGCUGCAUAUGCUUUACAUGAUGGAACUUUUGAAAAACCAAAGCAACCAAUAAGACCUGAAACACUUAACGACAGACAAAUAUUAUAUGAAUAUUGGGCAAGGUGGGGCAAAUGGUUUAAGUACCAACCACUAGACCAUAUACGGGAAUAUUUUGGAGAAAAAAUAGGAAUAUAUUUUGCAUGGUUAGGUUUUUAUACAGCUUGGUUAUUGCCAGCUUCUAUUAUUGGUGUAAUUGUGUUCUUGUAUGGUGUUUUUACUAUGACGUCUAAUGUGCCAGCAAAUGAAAUUUGUAACAGUGGGGAGACAUUUAAGAUGUGUCCUAUUUGUCCAGAAAAUAUAGGUUGUCCAUAUUGGUAUAUAUCUGAUGUGUGUAUCUAUGUUAAAAUAUCCUAUUUAUUUGAUCAUCCUGGUACAGUACUGUAUGCUGUCUUCACAUCAUUUUGGGCUGUGACAUUUUUAGAAUAUUGGAAGAGAAAGAAUGCCAGUCUUGCUCAUCACUGGGAUGUACUGGACUUUGAAGAGGAAGAGGAAAGACCAAGGCCAGAGUAUGUUGUAAAAGCUCCUACAUAUGAGAAGAACCCUAUCACAGGUGUGAAGGAACCAUAUUUUCCUGAGCGGGCCAGACUGCCAAGAAUUAUAUCUGGUUUUGCUGCAAUAACUAUCAUGAUAACCAUUGUUAUAGUAUUUAUUAUAGCUGUUAUAAUGUACAGAGUUCUUGUCAGUAUACCAUUGUUUCAAAGUAAAACUUUACGAGGCAAAGCAUCUCUAAUUGCCAGCUUGUCAUCGGCAGUGGUCAACUUAAUUCUUAUCAUGUCACUGAGUAAAGUGUAUGAAAAGUUGGCAUUUAAAAUGACACAGUGGGAAAUGCACAGAACCCAGACAGAAUUCGAUGAUCAACUGACAUUUAAAGUGUUCAUUUUCCAGUUCGUCAAUUUCUAUUCUUCAAUAUUUUAUAUUGCUUUUUUCAAAGGGAGAUUUGUUGGGUAUCCUGGUCAUUAUAAUUCAUUUUUUGGUUUGAGAAGUGAAGAGUGCAAUAAUGGUGGUUGUCUAGUAGAAUUAGCUCAACAGUUAGCUGUUAUUAUGAUUGGUAAACAGAUUAUAAAUAAUGCACAAGAAAUAAUAGUGCCAAAACUGAAAACUUUUAUACACCAUUUGAAAAUAAAGAUGAAUAAGAAUGCUAUAAAAACGCGGUGGGAAGAGGAUUAUAACUUAAUAGAAAGUCAAGGACUGUUUGAUGAAUACUUAGAAAUGGUUUUACAGUUUGGAUUCAUCACUAUAUUUGUAGCAGCUUUUCCACUUGCUCCCUUAUUUGCUUUGUUAAACAACUGGGUAGAAAUUCGCCUGGAUGCACAGAAAUAUGUAUGCGAGACCAGGAGACCGGUGGCUGACAGGGCACAAGAUAUAGGAGUCUGGUUUUCUAUACUGGAUGGCAUGGCUCAGUUAGCAGUAAUAAGCAAUGCAUUCCUUAUAGCCUUUACAUCCGAGUUUUUACCCAGACUGUUAUAUCAGUUCCAGUAUGACUCUAAUUUAGAUGGUUUUACAGAUUUUUCUUUAGCUGUUUCUCCAAAUGGUACAAUGAAUCAGACUUGCAGGUAUAGAGAUUUCCGAGACAAAGAUGGUCAUUAUACGUUAUUUUACUGGCAUUUACUAGCUAUAAGACUAGGAUUUGUUAUUGUAUUUGAGCAUGUAGUAUUUGGUUUUUGUCGACUGAUAGACUUUAUGGUACCAGAUGUUCCAGAGGCAUUAGAAAUUAAAAUAAAGCGGGAGAGAUAUCUAGCCAAGCAAGCUCUUGCUGAUACAGACACAAUCAUGAUGAACGAUUCCUCAGAUGCUGGUGAGGAUCUAGAGGAUGAUGAUGAUGAUAAUGUAAUUGAUGUAGAAAUGGCUCGUGGCUUAGAUGAAGAAGAAGAAGAUCUGGAGAAAAUAUCAGUAAAAAUUGAUAGUGCUAUAAAGAAAAGUGAAAAAUCGUAGCAGGAAUGGGAAGUAGCUCUGAGUCACUUUAGACUCAAUUUAUUCAAUCGACAAAGCUCUGUUUAAUGUAAUGUGUAACA